AGGAACAGGGCAAAAGACAACAGAGUCUCUUUUGUAAUGAGGAAGGAUUAUGGCAUCAAGUGACCGGCUGCAGCUCCCAAGUGGGUUUCAGGCUCCUUAGUACACCACGUCUGUCAGGUUCAAUCCCCCCAUGAGCCAAGGGGGCAAGGAAAGGCAAGCUGUGGUGCUGGCCACAAAGGACCCAGCGAGGACACAUGCAGGACCAAACCUCCACCGUCUCCAGUGCAGCUCAGGAGCCCGUGACUGAUCUGUGAUGACAGUGACAUACACCAACCGCGUGGCCGAUGCCCGCCUAGGCACCUUCUCACAGCUCCUGCUCCAGUGGAAAGGCAGCAUCUACAAACUCCUCUACUCUGAGUUCCUUAUUUUCAUCUCCCUCUACUUCGCCAUCAGCCUUGUCUACAGGCUGAUCCUCAGCGAAAGCCAAAGGCUGAUGUUUGAGAAGCUGGCACUCUACUGCAACAGCUAUGCUGAGCUAAUCCCUGUGUCCUUUGUGCUGGGUUUCUACGUGGCCCUGGUGGUGUCCCGCUGGUGGGCACAGUACGAGAGCAUCCCAUGGCCUGACCGCAUCAUGAACUUGGUCUCCUGCAACGUGGAUGGGGAGGAUGAGUAUGGGCGGCUGCUGCGUCGCACCCUGAUGCGCUACAGCAACCUGUGCAGCGUGCUGAUCUUGCGCUCCGUCAGCACUGCUGUCUACAAGCGCUUUCCCAGCAUGGAGCAUGUGGUGAGGGCAGGCCUCAUGACACCUGAAGAGCACAAGAAGUUUGAGAGCUUGAACUCCCCCCACAACAAGUUUUGGAUCCCGUGCGUGUGGUUCUCCAACCUGGCUGUGAAAGCAAGGAAUGAGGGGAGGAUCCGAGACAGCGUGCUGCUCCAAGGCAUCCUGAAUGAGCUCAACACUUUGCGCAGCCAGUGCGGGCGGCUCUAUGGGUACGACUGGAUCAGCAUUCCCCUGGUCUACACCCAGGUGGUGACCAUGGCUGUUUACAGCUUCUUCCUGGCCUGUCUGAUCGGGCGGCAGUUCCUGGAUCCUGAAAAAGCAUACCCUGGCCAUGAGCUAGAUCUCUUCGUGCCUGUCUUUACGUUCUUGCAGUUCUUCUUCUAUGCUGGCUGGUUAAAGGUGGCCGAGCAACUAAUUAACCCUUUUGGGGAGGACGAUGAUGACUUUGAGACCAACAGGCUCAUCGACAGGAACCUGCAGGUCUCCCUUAUGGCAGUGGAUGAGAUGCAUCAGGAUUUGCCCAUUCUGGAGAAGGACCUAUAUUGGAACGAGCCCGACCCCCAGCCACCUUACACUGCAGCCACCGCUGAGUACAAGCGCCCAUCGUUCCUUGGAUCAACCUUUGAUAUCAGCAUGCAGAAAGAAGAGAUGGAGUUCCAGCCCCUGGAGCAAAUUAAAGAGAAUGAGGAAGCCAACCAUUCCACACCACUACUGGGACACCUGGGCCGCCUCCUGGGUGUCCAGUCACCAAGUUUCUCCAGGUCCUCCUCCCGGAUGAACCUACUGCGCAGGCGAGGGGAGCCCACAUCCCCCUUCUCCCACUACACGUACCACGACAUGGGCAAGUCGGGGAACAUCAGUCAGCCGAGGGGAGACACCAACUCACAGGAGCAGUGGGACGGGGAGGAUGGAAAGCUAAGGGAGUUUGAUGCCUUCAUAUCGACCCCAUUUUAUGAGAGACCUGGUUUCUACAGUGCUCCACAGACACCCAUCAGCUCCAUCCCCAUGAUCUUCCCUUCUAGACGCCAAGGGCGCAAGAAGCCCCCUGCACUCUCCAGCAUAGCUGCGUGCUCAAAUUCUCUUAAGGACGUCAUUGUCAACUCCUCACCUUCCAGGAUGAGUGAUAUGUACAAAAGCCAGAGCUCCCUCGGCUCAGGUGCAAAGGAAACAUUUAUUUGGCCAACAGAACGGAAUAAAGGUCCCGACUCACUGGUUGUAAUGGUGGAAGAGGAAAAGAGCAACUCUAACAACAAAAGCAGAGAAGCUGCCGUAACUGGAAGUCCAGCAGCUCCAUCCACUGCAUCAGACAGCCCUAAAUUCCCUUUCCUAGCAGAGUCCCCAGACCACGAGCAGCAGGGCAGCUUCAAAAGUCUGAAGAGUUUGAAAGGCUCCCACCCACCCUGGCUAACGCUGGAGAACACAGCAACCACCACUCCCAGUUCUGAGCAACCAAGUGCCUUCCCCCAACCUAGCAACACACUGCCCAGCAGCAGCACCUCCCUCUGCUUCUCAUUCACUCCUGUCGCAUCUCCAGUGCUGGAGAGAUCCCCCAUGGGGAACAGAGGCCCCGAUACUCACAGCUUAAGUUUGGAGGACAUGGCUAGCGCACCAGACCAGCAUCCAUCAGAGGUUUCCAGGAGCACAAGAGAUACAGCGAACAGAAGCAGUAAUGCUCCUCCUAUGAGAGAGACAAGAAGGGCAGAAAGUCCAUCCACUAAUGACUCUGGCAUCUCUCUUGCUGAGGGUGACUAUGUGGGGCUGAUGGAGGUGAUCAUGGAGACAAGUGAAAGCGUAUGUGAAGAGCAGAUGGAUCAGUGCAGCUAGAGGGGACCGACACACACGUAUGCCAGGUACCUGAGAAGUGAGACCACAGUGUUUCCACACCUGGCCCACACUGGCACUCAGCCUCCUAACAGAAGGGCAGCACCUACAACCCAGCACCAGUGACUCACCACUACUGGACUCAGGCAUAGCAGCAGGCACUUCAGUGCUGCAACAAGAACAAGAAAAGAGGAAAUAAUCUCUGUAAACUCCAGCAAAACAAGACUUCUAGCAUUAGGUAUCACAAUGCCUAACUGUAGAACUGUAGCUGAACAGAUACCUGAAGCACAGGUAUAGCCUAAGCAGAAGAGGUUUGUAGUUAAGGGUACUUUGUUACAGCAAGAAUUGAAACAAGUUUACACGACUUUCUGCCAUAAGGCCCAGGACUCGCACAAGUUGCUCCCAGGAAAGAAAGGGACUGACGCACAGCAUUUGGGAUGCAGAGCCGCAGUGCUUCACCAAGUCCUGCCCAGCUGAUGUCCUGCAGCACCAGUAAAGCAACGGGGUGCAAUGAGUUAAAGCCACUCAAACACAUGGCUGCCAUCAAUGGUAUUUACAUUGCUUCAAGUUUUCUGUCACAUACUGCCGAUUUGAAAGCACUCAAAGAAAUCAUCCGGAUGGUGGCAUCCAACACAAAGAUUUUAAAUAAGUCUUUCCUAAAAUAAAGGAACCAACCCUAAAAGCAAGGCAGAUGGCCAGGACCACGCGCUUCCUCAUUUUAGUUCCCACACAAUAAAAGCUUAAAGAAACCAUUAAGUUCUUCCUCUUUUCACAAAAAUCUGCACGUUCCCUUCAAUCACAUGCAGCACAUGACACAUUCAGUCCACCCACCUCCCUUGCAAUAACCUCAUGCAAUAUUCCGACCCUCUGUCUACCAGGCACAGUUGCUUGAACUGGGCAAACAGCACUACAGUCCAUACCCAAUACCCUAUGCAUUGCCUUCUGAGACCUGCAAUGCUGCUUGUGUAGCUUAUACUGUGAAGAAGAAUGCAGAAGCCCUGUGUCAUGUCUCCAUACACAAGCAUAGAGCCAUUUCCAUUAGACAAGCACAAUCUCACCUAAAUCCACAGGUGCAGGAAGCAUCAAGGCUCAAGCCUUCCUCUUCUUGUACAUUAAGACAGAAGCUUUGGUGGCAAAGGUGUUUUGAAACAUACCUCCGGUCCUUCACAAAUAUCACAGGUCUUUUCCACCCUUCCAAUUCAUUUCCUCAUCCAUGCUCUGCUCAAGAGAACUUCCUCAGUUAAGACCACAACCCUGCAUGUACUCUUCCAAAAGGGGAAAAAAAUAAA